CCAUUUUGAAACUAUAACCCCGAAACCCUCAAGAACUUUCCUUCUCCUUACCAAUAUAUAAAUCUCUCUAUCUCUUUUCAUUUCUAAAUUCUCAUAAACCUAAAUCCUUCUCUCUCUCUCUCUCUCUCUCUCUCAGUGUCUCUUACACAAACAAAACACAACAAUGGGUGAGCCAGAUCCAGCAAUUAAUCAUUAUUCAGGCCAAAGCUACAACUACGGGAGUGGCAGUGGCUACGAGUUGAGUGGGAAAAUAAUGCUAAGUGCGAUAGUGAUACUGUUAUUCGUGGUGGUUCUUAUGGUCUGCCUCCACCUCUACGCGCGCUGGUACUUAAUCCGGGCGCGUCGUCGCCAAUCCCGUCGCGUACGCCGCAGGACACGGAUUGUGUUCUACGUAGACCCUUCUAAUCCAAACAGCGGCAACGCCGUGACCGUCUCCGCCGCCGGCACGCGUGGGCUUGACGCGUUUGUCCUCGCGUCGUUGCCUGUUUUUGUUUACUCUGAGAAGACCCACCCGGAAUUGCCCGAGUGCGCGGUUUGUUUGUCCGAAUUCGAAGAGAACGAAACGGGUCGGACUUUGCCCAAGUGUAAACACAGUUUCCACAUUGGGUGUAUUGACAUGUGGUUUCACUCUCACUCCACCUGUCCGCUCUGUCGGUCAGCGGUUGAACCGGAUCAGGAGAAUACAGACGAGGUCGUUAUUUCGAUUAACGAACCGGAUUCGGGUUCGAGUUCGGAGUUGUGCUCCGAUUGUCAGCAUGAGGAUGGACAUACGGGUUCGGGUUCGGGUUCGGGUCCGGGUCAGACAUCGUCUUCAGGUGGGUCGAGACUAAAAGAUUUCGCGGGUGUGAGUAUUGAAAUCCCGAGGAGGAACGAGAAUUUCAGGGACGAGUUCUCUGACUCGCCGGCGAGUCAAGGCGGGUUUAGAUCGCCGAUGAGUCGCAUGUUGUCGUUUACGAGGAUUUUAAGCAGAGACAGGAGGUCAAACAUGUCGUCUCCGACAGUGGGAAACGUAGAAGUGAGUUGUGGUGGUGGUACUACUGGGUCAGUGAACGAGUCGGACGUUGAGCGAGAGACUCGGCAAACUCAGAGGGACAACUCGGAGAUGACUCGGUGAGUUAUAAUAGUUUAAAGAAAGUGACGCGGGCGGUGUUAUGUGAUCGAGGUUUGAGAAAAACGACAAUGGGAGACUGUGUUGAUGAGUCUAUGGACAUCGGUACGAUAAAUCGGAUUGAAUAGUGAAUACGUGGCAAAUUUCGGUUUGCACUAAAAUUGUCGCAGCCUUGGGUUCAGUGAGAAUGUUUGACCCGUGUAUAUAAUUUUCAUGUUUGAUUGAUUUUUUUUUUUUUUUCUCUCUUUUGGAAAUAGAAAAUGAGUUAUUUUAUUUUAUUUAAAUU